GAUUGUGACUGUGUUGAUCACUAUACUCCCUUGUUAUGUGCCCUGUGGAUGAGCCAGGUGGAGACCUUCAUGUGGAUUCUUGAAGAAGCACCGGCCAGUGUCACAAUCCGCAAUGCCGACGAAUGUGCGGCGCUGCACCUCUUGGCGAAGAUCGGCUUGCCGGAUGUGCCGGAAGCAAACAGAAGUUCGGCCUUUGAGAGGAUAGCUGAAGCACUGGUGAACCGAAAGGCUGACGUGGCUGCCAAGAGCGGUCCUUUGAAACAUCGAACGGAUGAAGAAGCAGAGCUGCUCCGAAACAAGACUGCCUUGGAAAUUGCAGUCCAGAAGCGGGCCUCGUUUCCAAAACAAAUGCUGCACUUGCUGACGCAAUCGUACCACUACCCCAAGCGGAGCAGAUUGUUUAUUGAAGUCAACCUGAUUGCCAAGGCAAAUCCAGCUGCCGCUGUUCAGCUCGUAGGCCGGAUCAAGAAGCGCGCCCCGGGACAGCUCGAAAAGAACCUCCGCGAAGAAGUCCUCACUUAUGUCCGGGACUCGCCGGAAUCCAGCCGGCAUUUGGAAAUAUUUAUUGAAACACUCAAGAGAUCACCUAUUGCUGGUGCCAAGCUGCUGGAGCUGCUGAUGGGCGAACCAAGAGUCGAAGAUCCUCGCAGGUAUGGUCUCCCGCUUUUCACUUCCCUGCCGAACAGGGAGAUGAUUUGCACCUACCAGCCUGUCGAAGGCGGCUCAACGGACGAGCCGAUCUGGGAAAAGGGCCGGGGAAAAGGUAUGCCGUGGCACAAGGAGUUCAUCCUAGAUUUGCCGAAUGAUGACCCUGACACUGCCAUGCGGGAGCCAGAAAAUGAUGACCCGCGCUUCCACACAGAUGUCUAUGAAGUCAAGGUGAACGUCUUGCACCUGCCCGGUGUCCUUAACCUGAAGGUGAUGAGCAUUCUCUCCACGCAGGUGUGGAACAACUGGGACCACAUGGCCAUAUUUUCGAAGAUCCCUAUCAGAGCUAUCGUAUCAGGCAAGUGGAAACAGUACAGUAUGGUCUGGAGCUUCGGCCUCCUUUGGCUUCUGGUUCUGCCGCCUGGCCUGAGUAGCGUUGUCAUGGCCACCUUGUCCUUCGAAGGUGUAAACUUUGUCCACGCAGUGUUCUGUGACUCGCUGACACUCUCGUUUGCAGGAUACAGCUUGGGGGUCCUUUAUCGGGAUCAGCAACAGUACAUUAAUUUGUUGGAAGGACAACCAGGCACAGUCGUCCAACCUGCAGCCAAGCUGCGGGACAGGGCAUAUUCUCACCAAAUGGACACAGCGCACGGCGAAGAGUGCCAGUUCACCCCCAACGCAGCCACGAGCCCUGGCGCACUGCUGCAGAGACUCAUCCCGUCGCCCUUCGGCCGAAGCAGUCAGACCAGCCAGCACUGGGCCCAAGCCCUGCUGGCCCAGACCGUUCAGAACGCAACUACGACGACUACGACGACUGCGAGUGCUGAUCAAAGUGCUGCAGCCGUGGCAGCUGUGCACGCGAACCAAGUAGGAGACUUGGACACGUUUCUGGUUGCUUUGGCGACGAACUGUGGAAUCGUGAUCAUGGCCAUUCUUGGUUUAAGUCUCUUGCGAUGCCUCCUGCCUGCAGUAUACCAGCGCGACCCCGAGUUGCAGAACUUGCAUGCAGCGGCCGCGAAGUUGAAGCCCAGGGAGUUGCCUGGGCGGCCAGGCUGCUUCGCAUGGCUUCUCAAAAGCUUCAGCGCAUCGCCGGAGGAAGUGGCAAGUGUUGCUGGGCUGGACGCGGCAAUGCAUUGCGAGUUCUUGGCUCUUGGAAUGCGUUUAUGCUUGAGCAUUGGUGUACCCUGCAUUCUGAUUCUAUGUCCUCUUCACGCCAGUGUCGGUGGAGAUGCUGCCGGUCAUGACCGAUUGAGCGAAGUGGGCAUGGCCAAUGUGCAACAUGGUUCGUGGCUGUGCUGGCUGCAUGCCAUCUUUGUGUGGUAUGUGGUCGUGGUUACCCAUGCACAAGUGCACUUGGCACAGCGAAACUUCACGCCGUUGCGCAUGAGAUGGUUGCACAAAUCACCAGUUCCCAGUGCAACAACAGUCCUAGUGCAAGGUAUUCCCGAGAGUUUGAUGUCGGAAGCUGCGCUUCGUAAGUUCUUUGACGAUGGUGUUUUUGGUUGCCAGGCUGUGAAGUGCAUAGAGUUCGUAAAAGACACCAGGGAGCUUCUUCAUUGGCAAGAAGUAGCAUACGGUCAGGGCCAGGGAUCCUGGCGCACUGGUACCGGCCGAGUACUUGAGGGCCAAGAGCUUCAAGCCGCAGCUGCCAGCAUGGUCAGCAGGUACAGGAAGCAACUCUUGCGCUUGAACGACAAGAACUCUUCCAAUGCUUUCGUUACAUUCAAUCAUCAGCGUGAAGCUGUGGUUGCUCAGAAGUUGUUGGCUGAAGAUGACUACGAUGGCAUCCGGGCAGAGACGGCUCCAAACCCCAGUGAGGUCUUGUGGGGAGAUUUAGCAACUGAGCCAGGGCAUCAGGCCGUCAAGGAGCUCAUUGGUUAUUUCAUAAUUUUCCUUAUCUUCUGGGGCUUCAUGCCGCUGGUCGCAUUGAUCCAAUCUGUUGCCAACCUGAACACGCUGGAGAAACAUAUACAUUUCUUCAAAGUCAUGGUAGAGCAUUUCCCGGCAUUGGCCACGCUGUGGAACGGCUUCAUGGCAUCUUUUGCACUCUCAGUGGCUAUGAGCGUCCUGCCAUCUUUGCUGAUGCCGAUUUUGGUUUUCUUCUUUAUCUCCAAGACAGGGGCGGAACGACAGCAUCGGCUGCAGGUGGGCAGAGCGACAAACUACUGUCAAGCUUGGCAGGAAGUCUACCAACUAUUGGUUCGGGCUUGA